CGCGCACACAAAUCCGCUAGAUUCGAGGUUCGUUUUGCAGAUCUUCUGUAGCGUUCAACCGUUUGUCGGUGCAGCGGCCGUGAUCAGUUUUCCGCCUGUUGUCGACCUGUGAGCAUGCGCGUUUGACCAGCCCACACCCUCGGGGGAAAAAUUAUUGCGUACGGAACUACCUUGUGUGCCCAGUGUGUUGUGCGAGUCGUCGGGAAAAGCUUGCGGUGCUGGAAGUUUGGUGAUUUUUAUUUUUUUGAGGAAAAAUUUUAAAUUGAGUUUUUUGCAAGGAAAAAAAAAUUGAAAAGUGACACAACCAAAAAGGAUACAGUGAGCUAACGGCGUCUGGCGUAGAUUCCCGGUGAAAAGUUCAGAAGAAAUUACGGGAAAGUGUACGAAAAAACGUUCGCGAAUCACGUCCCGUCCGAACAACCGGUGUGUUCUAUGCUAAUUGGGAUUUCUGCUAAAACAAAGCGCAAAAAAAACAGAACAACUCACUGUUCUGCUAGUACAAGCCAUUACAACGAGUGCACGUUGAAGUUGAGCCGCAAUUAGUUCCCACCUCCCACUACCCUCUCCACCAGAGAAGAAACCAACAAUAGGGUGAAAAAAUAACAAUUUUCUACGGACCUGCAAGCUUCUUGAAGCAGAAGGAAAAACCAGUUGGCAACAUUCUGGAAGAGGAGGACACCGGCAGCAGCAGCAGCAUCAGAACCAGAGUUGGAAAAUAGUAGCGUUGACGGCUGCGAAAAUGAUCUGACCAACAGGGUUUUAUCUGUGACCUUCCCGGCCCCCUCCGUAACCAAAUCUAACCGACCACCAAGUCUUUCAUUUUUAAAAGCUCUAUUUUUAAAAUCUCCAAGACUUUAAGACUUUUCUUCCCCACCUUCGGACGGAGGAGUUUCUGUUGGAAAAAAAACACAAGACAAAGCCAAUUGUUCUGCAAGCGCAGCUGGACAGCCGUGGAAACAAAAGUGAGUGAAAGAGUUUGCAAUUUGCAAUUCCAACGAGGCGCAGUCCGGAACUGGCGGCGAUGACCAGCAGCAGAAUGCGGUUUUUAGCGCUUUUAGCGUUGCUCUGCGCACAGCAGGCGUUUGCCCAUCCGGACGCAGAAGGGCAGAAGCCCGAAGAGGACGGCGACCGGGAGCUGAAAACGAACGAAGAAGGCUACGACUUCUUUUCGAUCGAUCAGCUGUUCAUGAACAACCCGCAGUACGCGAAACUGCUGAGCGAUCUGCAGGCCCACUCGUUCGGCAGCAACUGGCGGCGGAAGCGAGACGCCGGCGAGGACGUGGUGGACGUUCAGGAGCUGCGCGAGGAGCAGCCGAACCGGGAAGACGACAUUGAAGAGACGGCGCCGGAAGUGGCGGCGGAAUCGCGCGAGGAAACCGCCACGACUGCUGCGAUCGCCGAGAUCACCGAGGUGAUGCGCGAUACGAAGGAGCAAUCGCAGGAAACUCAGGAGUCGGAAGGUCGCACGACACCGCUCAAGACCGCCAGCCCGUCGUCCACGACGGCAGCCGUCGCGUCGUCCAGUUCGCUUCCGUCCAGCACCACCGCGUCCGCGUCGUUCGGCUUCUCCGGCUCGACGGAAGCGACCCGUGGCCGGCCCGAGGAACCCACCACCAGUGCGUCACCCAUCCGGAGCAGCACCCCGCGCCGGCUCCUCCACAAGGGGGGCAACAAAAACAAGAACAAGCAAGGCGGCGGCGGCGGCAACAAGAACAAACAGGACAGCGUGACCGCCCAGAACGUCAACAAGUUCACCGUGACCAACACGCCGACCAUUAGCGCGGCGUCGACCCCGUCGCAAGUGACCGCGUCCGUCAGCCCAAACUCGCAGGCCACCAGCAGCAGCAGCAGUGUCAGCACCAGUUCCAACAUGGCGGACGCAGCCGCUGCCGUCGCAGCCAGUACGGCCGGUAACGCGACAGCCGCUGGUAACAAAGAUAAGGUCGGCCUGGCUCCCACCAAGUACCACUACUAUCCCCACAAUCAGCACAUCUACUUCCUGCCGGAGUGCGCGAUUCAGCAGGUCUGCAACGCUGUCUACGUCCGGCUCAACUACACCCAACCCCUGUGCGCCUGCCCUCCACGUUACCGCGACCCGUGCUCGGCCAGCCUGAACGAGGACGACAACCACACGAUCAAGCUGGUCGGCAACGCCCAGCGCAAGGCCAUCACGCUGGCCAAGACGUGCGAGAACACGAACGAGCUGCGCGAGUGCCGCGCCCCCAAGGACUGGUCCAUCCUGGCGCUGCAGAACUCGCGAACCGGCAAGUCCCACUACCUGGUGAUCUGCAAGUGCCCGCCGCACUUCCGGCUUGAGGGUCCGCUCGCCCACGACCAGCCCACGUACGCCGGCCUGCCCGGCAUCAACGUGUACGGCAUGCUGUGCGUCCCGCAGGAGUCGUACGCGCCCAAGCCCGCCAAGACGCCCGCCCAGCACCCCCAGCAGCACAUCUACAACAAGUGGAAGGUCCGGCCGUCGACGGUUUCCUCGUACCGGUCGUUCCAGAACGUCACCACCGAGGCCGCCGCCGCCGACUACGAGUAGAGAGUGUCGUCCCACCACACCAGCAGAACAUAACCUAGAAAAAGAGAGAAACUCGUCCUACUGAUAGAGAGAGAGGGAAAGAAUCCGUAAGAAAAAAAAGAAACAAGAAUACUUUUAGAGCUGAGUUAGCUUCAUUCUCGACAGCCAAACCGAUUAGUCUUCGCGAGUAGUAUUUAUUUUUGUGUAUUUAGAUAAAUAUUUAUUUUUUAUUUAAUUAAACAAACGCCGGAACGAGGUUUGGCGUCGACGCGAAACAAAAGAAAGGCUUCGUUCUUCACCCAAGAGAUGGCGCCCCAAACACAAUGGCCACACCUUUGUUUUAAUUCAAAAACCUUAAUUAGUCAUCCCCUUCGUCGGGGCUUCGCAGCCGGAUCCGAAGCGCAAGGCGAUGAUUAAUUAACAAAAAAAUACAUACAUAUAUUUUAAA